CUUUUGUUCUCCCCUCAUUUUCCCGCGUUCUCAUGGCUCGAUUUUACCUCUUUGUUCCCCCGCGCUGACCCGAUGGCCUCUACCAGCAACUACUGUAGUUAAUCACCACACGAUCGUUACCCAAGACUACCUUCCGCCAUAAUAAUAAUCCUCCCCCCCUCUCCCCGCACACUCGCUCACUGCUCACGACCUGCCAAAUCGAACCGUCCUCGCGUUACGUCUCGGCUGCUCGUGCUACAAUAUCCUCGUCACUCGAUUACCGCACUACAAUAAUCGACAAUGCCCGCUAUAAUUUCUAAACGCGAUGGUCACCAUGAAAGGGCUCAGGAGGGCUCUGGCCCCAGCUCCAACACCAUGAGGGACCUUCUCAUUACCCUCGUGGUCCUCGUAGCCUUCUGCUUGGUCAUGUGUGGCACCCUUUUCAUUCUCCGCCGCAUCCGCCGUGCCCGCAAGGAGGCUGGAACCCUACCUUCCUACGAUUCGGCUACCCGCAAUCGCGGAAACCGCCUUACGAUACAGACGAACCGCGACUCUACUUUCAUCUUCUCGGAGAAGCAACACCUGAUGGACAAUUCCAGCCCGAUGCCAUUGUCCCCGGACAACGUCCCCGAGAUCAGGAUCACCUUCCCUGAAGAGGAGGAUAAGGAUGGACGCAGGGUCUCCGGACGUGUUGUCGUGGUUCAGGUUGGCGAAGCCGGCGUCGGUUUUGUCAGGCCGUUGGACCAGAGCAACCUCCCGCCAUACCAGCAGAGUCGGCCACAAGAACGCUUCGAUUCGGUUGACAUUGAUCGCAUUGGUGGACUGAAGGAGAUCAGAUAGAGUGGUUGACGAAGCAAUCGAAGGAGACGAAAAUGAUGGGGGCGUUCGGGGAAAGGUAAAGGGGGAGACGUGGAGACAUCUUUGAUGGUGGUCUCGCGCUGGUUCUUUGUUUAGUGGAAUGCGAAAGGUUCUUUUCAAAUACCAUCAAUGUUGGAGUCCCGGCAAUUCUCUUCUGCUACUUCCAUCUUGUUCAUUUUUACCUCUGGUCAUUUUUCAGGUAGGAAUUUGG